AGUCGCUUAGAAUGGAUGUGAGUGACCGUUACUGAAUAUUAGUGUUGAAAAUUAUCAAGUUUCAUACGACACGGUGGUUACAUGUGAAUUAAAUUAAAUUCUUAAACAUUUUGUGUGUAUUUGUGUAUCCUGUUGUGACUAAAUUUAGUGUGCUGUUGAAUAAAUGAAUGUUUGUUGUGUCCUUUGAAAUAAUAGGAUAAAAGUGAUUAUUAUAUUGGAUUACGGAUUUCUGUGUAUACAAUUAACAAACACUGGGUGCAGUGCCGCAGCCGCAAAGUAUAUCGAUGAGCCGGCGCUAGCUCUCGUCCGAGAGGAGCGUCUCGACACGCUGCGUGCACAUAUAACAUAGGGGCGGUGUGUGAGUGCCGCACCGUCAUGUCGCACCACAGCGACGAGCAGGCGCUGCUGAGCGUCGCAUCAGACUCGUUCUGGGAGCCGGGGAACUAUAAGCGCACAACACGACGAAUUGAUGAUGGCCAUCGGCUGUGCGGUGAGCUGCAAGCACUGGUGCAGGAGAGAGCUGAUAUUGAAAAGACGUAUGCAAAGAGUUUACGUGCUUGGGGCAAGAAAUGGAAUGAUCUUAUAGAGAAAGGGCCGGAGUACGGUACAAUGGAGGCAGCGUGGAAGGGUGGCAUGGUGGAGGCAGAGAGGCUGUCGGACUUGCACCUGGGUGUGCGCGAUCGCCUCGUCAAUGACGUCAUCGCACAGAUCAAGAACUGGCAGAAGGACACCUAUCACAAAUCAAUGAUUCAACUGAAAGAGCGUAAAGAGAUGGACGAAGCAUUCAAGAAGGCACAGAAGCCUUGGGCGAAGCUGCUGCAGAAAGUAGAACGUACAAGGCUCGAGUACCACACAGCUUGUAAACAGGAGCGCACCGCCCAGAACCAGGAGAGAAAUGCUAGCGGUGACAGCUCGCUCAGUCCUGACCAGGUCAGUUCACAGGUCAAAAAGAUGGCAGAACGCGUGUCUAAAUGUCGAGAAGAAGUGUCCAAAUCUCGCGAGAAGUACCAGUCAGCCCUCGCGGAGAUAACAGGCUACAAUCCUCGAUACAUCGAGGAUAUGACCGCGGUGUUCGAGCGCUGCCAACAGAUGGAGGCGCAGAGACUAACAUUCUUCAAAGACGUCUUGUUCAGUUUUCAUAAAUGUUUAAAUAUCAGUCAGGAGCCCACUUUACCACAAAUAUACGAAGAAUUCCAUCAUACGAUAAACAACGCUGAUCACCAAAAGGACUUGAAAUGGUGGGCUAACAACCACGGCGUCAACAUGGCGAUGGCAUGGCCGCAGUUCGAGGAGUACACGGAGGAGUUCCGGGACAUCGCGAAGGGCAAGUCCAAGGAGAGCCUGCCCACGGGACCCAUCACGCUGCUCAACCAGCGCCCCGUCAGCGAGGACGAGUUGCCGCCGAUAAAUUCAACGAAGACGAGUAAAAACUCGAACCAUUCGGAGACGAUGAACAGUACACAGAGUGUCGCGCUGCACAACAACACCGCCAGCGCCAACAACACUAUAGACAAGAAGACCAUCAGCGCACCCAUCGCUGUCACGAAUGGCACAGCGAGUGCUCCAAAGUCGGGUAAAACAUCCCCGAGCAAGGAGGGUGUGCGGGGGGGUGAGGUGACGCGGCGGGGUGAGGGUCGCGGGGAGGGGCGGCAGGAGAACCCCUUCGAGGAGGAGGAGUGGGAGGAGGAGGGCGGCGCGCUGGAGGACUCGGGCGAGCCCGGCGUGCCGGUGCGCGCGCUAUAUGACUACACCGGCGCUGAGAGCGACGAGCUUAGCUUCCGACAGGGCGAUCUAUUUGAAAAGCUAGAAGAUGAGGAUGAGCAGGGCUGGUGCAAGGGACGCAAGGAUGGCCGCGUCGGUCUCUACCCCGCCAACUAUGUAGAGCCCGUGGGGCACUAGCACUGUGGGGGCAAAUACGUUGGCAGCUUUGUACCUGUCCGCUAUCAGCUAAACUAUCGCGAUAUCACAAUGAAAAUAAUGUGAUAUAAUACUUUAUUUGAACACACGAUAGUUUUGGAACAAAUACGAUAGCAAGUAUAAAUGUCGCCCGCAUUGUUUAUACAAAUGUGCUCUAUGUAUUAUUUAUUUUAACAAUUUGACCCGCAUCUUGUGAAUGUAACGAAGCAAUAAUUGUAACUGAGUUUAAAUCUGAUUAGUUGUUUUUUAAUGAAAACGAUUAUUCGCAAAAGUUAUAAAAUCGAUUUUUUAACGAUUAUUUCGUCUCGAUAUCACUGAUAGGCGAUUUAAAUUACACAAAUUGUUUUAUUUAAGCAAUUAGACACAUCUUCAUUCGAUUAUUUGCGUGUCGUGAGCUGCCUUAUGAUUCGAUUCAAUCGACACAUCGAAUAACGAUCUUCGUGAAUAUAUUUGACGCAUUUAAUGUGGGGGGGUUUAAAUGUUGUUGCGAACAAUUUUGUACAUUUUAUAAACAUGUUCGCUCGCGUGACAUUCGCUACGAACAUAUUUUUGGAUAAAAUUAUUUGUUAAAGUGGAAACCAAAAAAUGCUUUGUAAUUUUUAGUGACGUUUGUAUGCAAAUUGUUGUAAAUUUUAUUAUUAAUAUUGAAUCGGGAAGUAAUGAGUGAGGACCUCGAUUAUAUCGCUAUAGCAAUACGAUUAGAUUUAUGUCCCCUGAGAGUCCACGAGGUUGAGCCUCGGAGCAUUAGCGAAGCCAAAAAGUUUACGCUUUGUCACGGACUGGAUCAGCUGAAUUUUUCAUCUAGAAACUAAAUUGUUUACUCGUCUUUAUUUUAACAGUAUUUGUAGCUUUUUAAAGUUUUGUUGAUGUUUCGGCAAUGGAAACUCUGUAUGUUCAGAUGACACAGUCCGCGGCGCGCGAGGCGAGAGUGUACAGUUGUGAUAGCGGUGUACAUACGCGAUGUAUCUUCUUGCAUAUAAAAUAUUUAUUUCCCAUUGUAUAUAAAUGUAUAAUGAUAUAUAACGGGGCGGCGCUCGGCCCUCUGGCGGCGAAACGAGGCCUAACUAUUUGUUUUGGACCAUAUGUUUAUACAAAUUGCCGCUUUUUGACUCGGAGGUGCUAAUUUCUAUAGAGUUGUCGCGCUACAUUUGCGCCGCCUCGUUGUUUAGGUUAAAUAUUGAUAGUUAAUAUAUUAUAACGAUUGUUUAUCUUUUCCUUUUCUGUUUUCUAUUUGGUUUGGAGUUUGUUGUCGACUGGAGUUCGUCGCUCGUAGAGUUUCAAACUAGAACGUAGAUGUAUUUGUUUAAUUUGUUAUGGGUUCAGAGACCACUUGUGAGAAAUUCAUUGUAUAUUAUCAGAGAGAGGGUGGUUAUGGACCACAUAUUAUGUUAAUAUAUUAUUAAUAUUGGUAAAAUAAAAAUUGUUACACGUGA